AUGGUUAAGGCAACAGUUUUAUUUGUGAGUCUCCUGUGCUUCUGCUUCGCUCUUUAUGGGUGCAAAGGGUGUCUUGAAGAGGAGAGGAUUGCUCUCUUACAACUCUGGGAUUCUUUCAGUCCCCCAUUCAGCUCUGCUAUUGAUUUCAAGUGGGAGGGAGACAACUGUUGUGAAUGGACAUUUGUGCAGUGCCACUUGUUUAAUUCGACAGAUCGUGUGGUUUUAAUUGACCUUUCCUACCGAUUCGAUUAUAUAACAUCCUACCGAUUGGAUUUCAUAGGAAAAUGGUACCCAAACGCUUCUUUGUUUACUCAUUUCAGAGAGUUACAAACUCUACACUUGCACGGUAACAACAUCGGAGGUUGGAUUAUGCCAGAAGCAUUAUGUGAACUUCGGAAUCUCAAAGUGUUAACUCUAGGUAUGAACAGUUUGGACGAUGGAGGCUUUACAAAGUGUCUUGCAAGUGGCCUUCCAUUUUUGGAAAAGCUUUCUUUAUGGGGCAAUUCUCUAAACCUAUCAUCUCCUCUUUUAUCAGCGUUAUGUGGAUUAAGGAAUCUCCGUGUGUUAGAUCUAAGCCAUAAUGUUCUAAGUAAUGGAAGUUUUCCAAUUUGCAUGUUGGGUACAUUCUCUUCGUUGGAAAGACUCUCCUUACAGAACUUUACUCUUGAACAAUCGCCUAAUGCCCUAACAGCAUUACAGGGAGCAAGAAAUCUUCGACACUUAGAUCUAAGAUACAACAAUCUCAGUGAUGGAAGUUUAAAAGCAUUAUGUGGAGCAAUAAGGAAUCUCAAGACAUUGCAUCUAGGUUAUUGCAAUCUCAAUUUGGAACGUAUACCAUCUUGUCCACAACCAAGUCAUUCUUAUUUGGAAAAACUUUUCCUAAAACACACUUUUACCAAAGGCUCACAUCCUCUCUUAAUUAAAGGUAAAUAUUACACUCCUCUGUGA